GUACACCAGGGGUUGGAAAAACCACCCUAGGCAAAGAACUUGCAUCAAGAUCAGGACUGAAAUACAUUAAUGUGGGUGAUUUAGCUCGAGAAGUCUGAUCAACGGAUAUCAUGGAUUCUGGCAAGAUGGCUUCUCCCAAGAGCAUGCCGAAAGAUGCACAGAUGAUGGCACAAAUCCUGAAGGAUAUGGGGAUUACAGAAUAUGAGCCAAGAGUUAUAAAUCAGAUGUUGGAGUUUGCCUUCCGAUAUGUGACCACAAUUCUAGAUGAUGCAAAAAUUUAUUCAAGCCAUGCUAAGAAAGCUACUGUUGAUGCAGAUGAUGUGCGAUUGGCAAUCCAGUGUCGUGCUGAUCAGUCUUUUACCUCUCCUCCCCCAAGAGAUUUUUUAUUAGAUAUUGCAAGGCAAAGAAAUCAAACUCCUUUGCCCUUAAUCAAGCCAUAUUCAGGCCCCAGGUUGCCACCUGAUAGAUAUUGCUUGACUGCUCCAAACUAUAGACUUAAGUCUUUACAAAAAAAGGCAUCUACUUCUGCGGGAAGAAUAACAGUUCCGCGGUUAAGUGUUGGUUCAGUUACUAGCAGACCAAGUACUCCCACGCUUGGCACGCCAACCCCACAAACCAUGUCUGUGUCAACUAAAGUAGGGACUCCAAUGUCCCUCACAGGGCAAAGGUUUACAGUACAGAUGCCCACUUCACAGUCCCCAACUGUAAAAGCAUCAAUUCCUGCAACAUCUGCAGUUCAGAAUGUUCUAAUUAAUCCAUCAUUAAUUGGGUCCAAGAACAUUCUUAUAACCACUAACAUGGUGUCAUCACAAAAUACUGCCAAUGAAUCAGCAAAUGCAUUGAAAAGAAAACGAGAAGAUGAUGAUGAUGAUGAUGACGACGACGAUGAUGACUAUGAUAAUUUGUAAUCUAGCUUUGAUGCUUGUAAUGUGUACUUGGUCUUGAAUCCAUUGUACUGAGAUUAAACAUGCAUGCUGGGUGUUUUCAUGUUGUGUUGUAGAACAUGUAAAUUGUAUUUAAUGAGUAAAUAUAGUUACUCUCUCUGAGUUGUUGGAUUUUCUUUAAUAGGAUUAGUAAUGGUUUUUCAUCAGCCUUCAAGUGUAAAAAAUAAAGUUGUUCAUCACUUUGUUGGUA